CAUUUCCGGAAGUAAUUAAAAUUCUAAUCAAGACGAAAAAUCUUUUGUAGAUUCCUUCUGUAAAUUGAUUGUUUUCAAUAAUUCUUUGACCUCAAUAUUCACUGAGUACUAGUCUGUUCAUUAUGACUGGCCACACGGCAGGCGAUCCUUUGGAGUGCUACAGUAUCCCAUUGGUUCUGGAAAAGGAACCUGAAGUUGAUGGAAUGGGCAAUCCUGUCUCGGGGCCUGAUGGCAAACAGAAAUACAAGUGUGGAUUCCGCAUUGGUGGGGGGAUUGAUCAGGACAAUACAAAGAGCCCGCAGGGAUACCCAGACAAGGGAGUAUAUGUGACAUACAUCCAUGAGGGUGGUCCAGCAGAGAGAUGUGGAUUGCAGAUCCAUGAUAAAAUUUUACAGGUGAAUGGACAUGACUUUACUGUAGUGACUCACAGGAAAGCAGUGGAGUACAUUCAACGAAAACCAACUUUAAACAUGUUAGUUUACCGUAAAGGAGUACCAGCCAUAGCAAAAAGCGAACCUCAGCCGCAGUUCCAGUCGUACAGUCAGGACAAUUACGCCAUGCAGUACCAACCCAACGCCAGACUGUCUUAGUGUGAGAGACAGCCACUGACAUACUGCUGCCAGCAUCUUGUCACCUCAAGCAGGGAUUCAGACAUUUAGUAGAUCAAAACAUCCCAAAGAAUGGCGUAGAUCACAGCACAUGUUGAGUUUUGAUUUAAACUAGAGAUUUUGUAGCAUUCAAACAAAUAUUUAUAUUUUGAUCCUCUAUUUUACAAUCACUAAGUGCUAACCAUAACUCUGAUAAGAUAGACUCAGUAGAUGUAACAUAGUAGACAUGCAUAUCAUUUAGAAGUGAAUACCUGCGUUUUGUAUUGGUAGCUUGUUUUGUAGUCAGAAAUUAUCAUCCAUCAAAGGCACAGAGAUUAGGUGGAAUAUUUGGUUGUAAUUUUGAUUUCUAUAUCACAAAAUGAAUUCAUAUCCCAUAUUAGACUGAUCUUGCUACUUCAAGGUGUUGUGAUUUUGUGUAAUACAAAUAUGUGAAGUUUUUCUUUAUUUUUUAGAUGAUUUUACUGCAAUAGUUAGGAUUUAUUUAGAUGCAGGAUAUAUUUUUGAAGAAGGGUUUACCCCUGUACUUGUUUUAUUUGUGAGAAUUUUAGAAUGUUGUUGUGCAGAUUUAGAUGUGGUUGUUUUCAUAUUAUUGUUUAAAUAGCAUAUUAAGAUUAUAGCAUUAUAUGAAUUUUCCCUGAUGAAUCUUGUAAACUAGAAAGAGUUACAUGGGUGUGCAUAAAAUAGCUUUGUGAUUCAUUUUCAUCUAGAAAGAUUGAAAUGUUAGCAAUUCCACUAUUGAGACAUUAUAAGUGUACCUCAAAUUUACAGAUUGUGUGUGGUUAGGGAAGGGUAUGCAUUUUGUAAAGUUUUAUUUUUUAUUACUUUUUUUUAAAACCAAUGACAUGGAGAAUAAGUCUGUAAGCACUUUAUCUCAGUGACUUUUUUAUUGUCAAUGUAAAUCUCUACAACGCAACACAGACUGUGAUGAAACCAAACACUUGAAACAGGGAAUUUUCGUCUUAUUUAUUUGUCCACUUAUGUAAGGCCCAACAGUUUAAAAAUUUUGUUUCUCAGGCCCAAGAUUAAAAAAAAAAAUUCUGAACAGACAGGUACAUGUAUUAUUAAAUUUUCCUUUUUUUAUUUGCAAAGGAGAAUAAAUCAGUUUUAAUAGGUAAAUUUAAAAUUAGAAGAAUAGGGUUAUUCCCCUCUCAGUAUGACAAUGAAAUUCAUCAAUGCUGCAGUGCCUGAGAAACAAAACAUUAAUAUAUUUGGCCUAAAGGUGUAGGUGAUUUAUGUCUCAUAGCGAUGUCCACAGCCAGGUUGUAUUAAGCAGUUAUUUCCCUUUUUUUUUGCUUCUUGGAAUGAUUUCAUGUUGUAAUCCAUUAGGGUUGUACGAGUUACUCUCAUUAAAGCAGUGUAAAGAUGCAGAGAUGGCUAGACAAACAUAGGAUUCCAGUCUCAUAGACACAGAGAUCACCAGACUGUGAUCUGGACAACAAUUUGCAGUUUUUACUUUCAAUUUAUGGCGAAAAUCAGAACUGUAUUGAUUAGAAAUUUGCACGUUUAAAUUUGAUGAUCAGACAUUUGUAAGUACAUGUGAUAUUAUAUAUGUUUCAACUUGUAUUCAUGUAGUCUGUGACUUUUUCUACUGAUUGGAUCAAUAGUUUGUGUAUGCUGAGUACCUGCAUCAACUGUUUACAUUGAAGCAAGUGCAACUUUUCAAGCAUUUAUCUCUGAAUGUGGCAUUUUUAAAAAAGAUUUGUGUUGGCUUGAAUAUAAUAUACUGCUCAAUUAAUGGUGGGGUGAACCCAUGCUUCUCCCACAUAUUUAACAGAAAACAGCACGGCAAUGAGACCAGGAGAAUAAGUGGCUUCACCAUCUUCAUUUCAUUAAUUACUGAAUCAGCUGAUUAUUAGCCUUAAGAUUGUGCACUGUUAAAAGGAGGGGGAUGGGGGGGGGACUGAAAUGUUUGAUUUUUAGACAACCUGCUCAGAUUUAAUGAAAUUACAAGUAUUUAUACAGUCAAACUUCAUUAUCUCGAACUAGAUUGGACUGUUUAAAAACUUCGAGAUAUCCGAGUAUUCAAAAUAUAAAGGGUAAAAUACUUAAAAUCACUUCGACAUAUUCAUUUUAUUCAAGAUAUCAGUGUUUGUGUUCGAGAUAUUAAAGAUCAACUGUCCUUAUUUUAUGUAGAUGAAAUUAAAUUGGUGGCAACGACUAGUUUCCUGGUACUCAGAGUAUAGUUUUGAAGGUAUUGAGUUAAAAAUUUGAAAAGAAAUCUUUGCAUUUAAGAUACAUGUAGAUAUGAUAUCAUCAAACACUGUAAUUGUUAUUUGAUAUAUUGAACAAAUCAUUUGUUAUUGGUGAAAAAAAAAACGACCAUGAGCUGCUCUUUUGGUAGUUUAUUGUUGGCUUAGCUUUGAAUUGUUGAUAACCAAGUUAUUUUGAAAUUUUUAUGAAAUGGAAAACAGAAAUCCAUUUGAUAUGGAUGAAGUGUUAAUUAUUUGUCAAAUGCUGUAACUGUCCGUAUGUGUUGCUCACGUUUAUCAAAGAUAAACAAAUAAAAGUCCUCUACUCAACA